AUCGAGCACACGCAAUGCUGGCCCCUCCGUCCUCAUAGGUUAAUUCAUUUGUGCUGCGUGACACUAUAAACUGGACAAUGGUCAGCCAGACAUCGCGAGAAUCACCCCGCCAAAACGCCCGAUGUUGAUUUGCCGAUCCCCUGUCUUCUCGCUCCAUCGACGCAGACGCACGCCUAACCUGUCCAUAACAUACUCCUGACUGGCGCUGUGGGACGGAAAAUAAGAACUGUCCCUCCCUCCUGCUCUCUCCAACCAGCCCCAUGCACCACUUCCACAAUAACAAGUCGCAGCCAUCACUUCCGCAGAUAUUCGAGGCAGGUGGUGAGGACUAUAGCGAACAUCAGGGCUCCAAUACCGGCCUACCUGCCCGCUAUUCAUUGGUUAUUCCGGGCGAUAACGACUCCCAACAACCGUUCUACGCAUAUUCCAAUGAUCAGCCCGCCUACCACCCUCCGCACCACCAUCACUACUAUCACCACCACCAGCAACAAAAUCACGACGACAACUAUACUCAUCCUGCCCACUCCGCGAACAGAAUUGGCCACGAACUUCCGGACUCACCUCCACCACCGUUGUCUCGCCAGCAAGGAGGCAGGCCUUCUUUGAAUCUGGUUCCCACUUCUCCCACCUUCGGCCUCAGCAGCUCGUCUGAUCUGAGCUCGGCCGAUCCGUCCUACACCCCGCAUAGCUCGGAAGCCUCUCCUCUAGUGGAAUCCCAGCCACGAAAGUUACGAAAGAGCCUGUUUGGAUUGACAUCCAAGGAUAAGCACAAAGAUAAGGAUCCUUCAUCGCGAGGCACCAAAGUCCUUGGACGUAGCAUAUCUGUGAGACGCAAGGUUCCUGACCCUAAAGAGGAAGAUUCCACAGAGAUCCGUAUGCCUCUACACAAGAAGUCCAGUCCCCAGUCUGUCUCUCCCUACCCUCCGUCUAUAAACCGCUCCUCUUCAAACGUUGAGGGCCAGCAGUUUGACCCUCCUCGAAUUCAACGCGUGAGUACCGAACCACUUUCCCAUGAGUUCUACCCGCCGCGACAAUCAUCGGCACACCAGUACCAGGAGGGACUCCACCUUUCUGGGUCACCCCACCCCCAGUUGCAGCUUGACCAAGCCCACCUGCAGCAGCCAGGCCCAAGCUAUCAGUUAAGCGGACCACAGGCCUUUGUAGACCAGGUAUCAAGUGCUCGCAGUCAAUCCCCGCAAGUGGAUCCUCAUCUCACUCCAAGGCCGCCAUCCCAGCAGUCCUUUGGGCCCCCUUCUCCCCUUAAUCCUCAGUAUCAAGGUUUUGAGUCUAACCAGUCUAAAUCUCAUUUUGGACAGUCUCUCCAACCACCCGCCGGCCCGAACCCCGCGCAAGGUGGGAUGGAUAGGCAGACAGGACUAAGACAGCCCGGAGAGUCGAUGGGACAGAAUGCCCAGCCACAAACUGCUCAACCUCCAAGUCUCAGCCCUGGUCCUAGUUUCAAAGGCAAUUUGCCCCAACCAGGUUCUGGUGAACCAGAUCGGGACACUCCACCUCCACCUCCUUCAAAAGCCCGAGAUGACACUUCUGAUGUCGAUGUUCAAGCCUUAGUUCAGAAACAUGAAGAGCUCCAGGCGAAGUAUAUCAAAGUCAAGAGAUACUAUUUUGAAAAAGAAGCGCAGGUGCAGCAGUUGCAGAACACAGUCGCUCAUCAACGGAUGUCUACAUCACGAACUGUUUUAGACGACAACGAAUACUCGACACGCUUUGGUAGACUAGAUGGCGCCAUCAACAAUCUUGCAUUCAAUAUCCGAAAGGACUGGAAGAGUAUUCCGCCUUGGCUACAAGGUGUUGUUAACGAGGACGCUCACAUGGUGGGUACCAAAGAGAUGACCGCCGUUGGUCGCGCGUGUCUCACAAGAUGGCUGGUGGAUGAAAUUUUCGACCGGUACUUCCAUCCAAGUUUAGAGCCCGGCUUAAGUCGGCAAUUGAAAAUCAUCGAGCGUAAUGUCCGGCGUAUGGGCAAGGCUACUACCGAAGAAGAUAAAGAAAACCAUCUAGCAAAGCUUUCCACAUGGCGGCGAACGACUCUAGACGGCCUAGGAGAGGCAUUGCAGGGCAAGUUAGCGGACGAUCAUCGCGCCCAGCUCACUGUUUCUCUUGUUGAAAAACUGACUGCCAGCCUUGAGAUGAACCUCAAAGACCCAGCGCCACCAGGCCUGGAGAAUGGAGUAGCCAUGAUUGUUGAGCUUGCUGUUGGAAUCGCUGCAAACAUACCGCUCGAGUCUAGAGAUGUGACUGUGGAAUAUUUUCUACCUGGCUCACCAAUCAUAGAAUCGCAUAUGAAACUCGAAACGACGUUGCGUCCCCUUGCGAACCUCGCAUCCGAGAGUCGUCAGAGUCCUGAGCCUUCUUCGGCAUCAACCGAUCGAGGCGACCAAGGAUCUCUAAAAGAACUUACCAUGGAAGGAGGCCCCUCCGAAGCAGACACGUCGUCGUCCUCCACGACGAACUCCGGCUACAGCUCUAAGGAAGGCCGAAAGAAAUCCGUUUUCGGUUCGCUCAUAUCCAAAAAGACUCAUUCAACUCCGAACCAAGGACAGACAGACUCUAGCAGGCCUGGUUCAGUGGCACUUCGGGAUGGGAAAGAGCGCAGCGAAGGCGACAAAGACGAGCCGAUGCGCAUUCGAUUCGCUGCUUUUGUCGCGGUAGAAGUCCGCAGCAAGGGUGUGGGCAACGUCAUUGUCAAAGCACCGGUCUAUGGCCUUGUAUAAGAGGUCGACUUGCGUCGUUGAUAAUGGUCUAAUAUGAACGGAAAAUCUAAUUUGGGAAAUAUGGAAAGUGAUUUGUAUGAAACGAUUUUGUGGCGGCUACUUGUUUGAUGCCUUUGCCGCUUCGUACGCUUUAAUGGUUUGCUUCAUUUGGGUUUUGUCGUGCUACGGAGUUGGGGGUUUAUCUGGCUAGAAAUAUAUCGACAAUUUGGGUUACCGGCGAUUCCUUACCGGGUUUGUUACAUUCGCGAUGACGUGCACCUUAACGGGGUCUUUCAUUCAACAUCUUGCAAUCAUCCCCUGUCCAAAAAGCUUUUGAGAAGAUAGUUAUUUGCUCGUCCGGGGAUGUGGGCUCGACAAGCGAAAGGGGCUGUUGGUUUAGUGGUAUAAUACCCGCUUAGCAUGGCUUCACGAGUUCCACUCUAAGGGCACGAGCAUGCGGGUGGUCCGGAGUUCGAUUCUCCGACAGUCCAAUUCUCUUUCUUUUUUGCAUUUUACUUUUGUCCUUUGGGCCUUUCCUACGCUUUGCAUUGUUCAUGUGCGGUUGAAGAAGCAGGUCCGAGGCUAUCAGGGAAGAACCCUCCGUUUUACGGAGUAUGUAUAAAAAGCAGCUGGCCGGGGUAUCUGACCGAAGAAAAGCUGACUACUCCGUACGUAGCUGUUGUAAAAGGGUCCCCAUACUACCGGUG